AUGCGCAGCGCCAGAAAUCUGACUCGCCUAGCUGCCGCGCUGUGGCUCGCGACGGCCCCAUCAGUCUCCGCCCAGAGCCUGGGGUCGGUUCUGGCGGGACAGGCCAACCUCACAACAUUUCGCAGGUUGGUGCAGGAGAACCAGGGUGUAUACGCAGACUUGCCAAAGGACGGCGUCACUAUCAUCGCGCCAAACGACGGCGCGUUCGUCAAGGGGCAGGGCUGGGACGCAGACGAGUCGAGCAUCCCCGAGUGGCUUCAGUACGGCAUUCUCUCAGGCCGCCACGCGCUCGAGAAGCUCGCACCGGGCGACACGCAGACCAUCCCGACGCUCCUCACAGACAAACGAUUCGCCAAUGUGACAAAUGGACAAAAGGUGCUCGUCACAGUGCAGCCCGGAGGCGAGGUGGUACUGACGUCGGGGGCGGGCACUCACGUCACAGUGGUCAAGGCGGACGUUCCAUUUGACGGCGGGCUUGUGCAAAUUAUCGAGUCGCUCAUGGUGACACCACGGCGGCUUGAAGGUUCGAUUCGCGACUCGUAUACAGACCUCACGGGCUUCCUUGGAGCGCUGUACCGGGCGGAACUCGUAGACGAGUUCGCCGAGACGGCCAACUCGACGAUCCUGGCACCACACAACGCUGCAUGGCAGCGAUUCGGGGCUGGGUUCGAAUCCCUGGGUCGCGAGGAGUUGCGCCGUGUAUUGCGAUACCACCUCGUGCCGGGGCGGGUGCUGCGGGCGGCGGACCUCGAGGACGGCGCGCGACUGGCGACGGGUGACGAGAAGGGAACGGGGGUUCGUGUGACACGUUUUAUCAACGACAUCUAUGUCGACACGGGGCGCAUCAUCCAGACGGAUCUGCUCAUCGCCAACGGCAUCAUCCAGGUUGUCGAUGCCGUCCUCAACGUCGACGAGGGCGGUGCAAAGCCCGACGUCACGGCCUCGGCGCAGGCUCCGGCGUUUACCUUUGCCGAGGAAGAGGCGAGCGGUACGGGCACGGCGGCCAAUGUGCCCUUCACGUCGGCGCUGCCUUGCACUGCCGAGUGCACAACGUCAACGAGCAGGGGCCCACAGGCGACGGCGACCACGGAAGGCAACGGGGGGACGGCGAACGGGGGUGAUGCCGAUAGUGCGGCCGUCAUGGCUAGGGAGUUCAUCGGGGUUACAGGGCUUUUUGCAGGCAUCCUCGGUGUCUUGUUUGCGUGA